CCUCCUUUUCUCUCUCCCCUCCCCRACAGGAUGACAGUGAAACUGGGAGAGAGCAGCGGGGAGGAAGGGGUGAAAAAGCUGGGCAAGCGAGCAGGAGGAGAUGAGGAGUCCCUGGAAGAAGAAGGGGCAGGAGGAGGAGGAGAGGCAGCUCCAGGCAGCAGCAGCACAAAGAAAGAGGAGAAGAUCAUUAACAGCAACACUAACGGCAGCCCCUCGGCGACCCCCGCCGCGGUGCAGGCCCCUGCCGCCCUCCAGCCGUCCCACAGCCAGGACCAGCAUCAUUUUCUCAGGUCCAGCGUCAGACCUCAGAGCAAACGGCUGAAGAAGGAUUCCCAGGCAUCCUCCUCGGUUGGCAACAGCAGCACCGCAAAAGGCAAAGCAGCAGAUAAUGGAGGGACUACGUCUGGUAGCACCCAAGGAAUUCCUCCCACCACUCCCGCAGCAAAUUCCAAGUCAGCAGCAAGAAACCUGGGCUCCUCGACYGGAGAGAAGGAGGAAGGGAAGAAGGUCAGAAGGCAGUGGGAAUCAUGGAGCACUGAGGACAAAAAUACUUUCUUUGAGGGACUGUAUGAGCACGGGAAGGACUUYGAGGCGAUCCAGAACAACAUUGCACUGAAAUACAAGAAGAAAGGCAAACCCGCCAGCAUGGUGAAGAACAAAGAGCAAGUCCGACACUUCUACUACCGCACCUGGCACAAGAUCUCCAAGUACAUUGACUUUGAUAAUGUGUUUUCGCAAGGGCUGAAAAAAUCCUCCCUGGAGCUUUAUGGCUUAAUCUGCUAUGGGGAGCUAAGGAAGAAGAUUGGGGGAUGUAUGGAUGACAAGAACGCAGCUAAACUCAAUGAGCUCAUUCAGGCUGGGGCCACAACUGUUCGCUACAAAGGGAGAAACCUUCGAAUCAAAGCUCCAAUGUGCAGGGCUUUGAAGAAACUCUGUGAUCCAGAUGGCAUUAGCGAUGAAGAAGACCAGAAGCCAGUGCGUCUUCCUCUCAAGGUCCCCGUGGAGCUGCAGCCACGAAAUAAUCAUGCAUGGGCACGAGUGCAGAGUCUUGCUCAGAACCCACGGCUUAGGAUGAUAGUGGAGUUGCAUCGGAAGGUCUCCAGCCUCAUYGAGUUCCUGAAGCAGAAGUGGGCCCUCCACGAAGUGCGCAUCCGUAAAACACUAGAGGAACGGCAGCUUCAAGACCCCAGAGACUCGGAAACAAGAGGCGGCUUCUCGGAGGAGAAGGUGAUGCUCCAUCUUUUUCCAGGAGAGAACUGCACCCUCACGCCGCUGCCUGGGGUGGCCAGAGUGGUCCACUCCAAGGCUUUCUGCACAGUGCACUGGCAGGAGACUGGCAAAUGCAAACAGAACACAAAGGACUCUCACUUACUACCCCCUGCACAAAUCCUAGGCAUACAGAGUGGUCAGGGGACAGCCAGGGGACAGCUAAAAUACAUCCGGGGAACGGAAGGUGGCAAGAGUGUUGGAAGAGCAGAGAGCACUACAGAAUCGAGCAGAACCUCUCAGCCCACAGCUGAAGUUUCUGCAAGCGCUGAAGAGGGUUCCCCAGAGACUGCUCUAGUGGAAGGGGCAGCCUCACAUCUUGGCAUCACUAAUCCCCUCAGCAAGCCCCCUCCUGGACUUCAGGAUCCAGAAGGGAGCCAUGAAAAGCUGAGCUCGAUGACCUUCUGUGUGGAGGGCAGGGAGGCCCUGGCUGGUGACCAAGCAGCCGGGCUACCAUCGUGCAGCACAGCCUGUGCUUGCAGGAAGAUCCCUGAUGUGGAGGAGCUCUCUCUGCUUGAUCCCUUCCCACGGUACAUGAAGUCCUGUCAGGACCUGAUUGUCCCGGAGAAAUGUUUUUGCACAGAGAAAAUGCAUGGAAGAGACUUUACUCCUACAGCUGGGAAUACUUCUCCUGUGGCCUUUCCAAGUGGGAGCACAGAGACGCCCGACGCAUGUUUGGCGCAGCUGCCCAGAGGCCACGUGGCCUCACCCAGCAGUGGCCCCUCCAGGCCUGAAGCUCAGGCUAGCCAUGGCCCCAGCCUGCAGCUUGACACGUGCACCAGGGAGAUAACAGACGUGGUAAUGGAGGAUUCUCAAGAGAAGCUGAGCUCCUCGUUUCCACCUCCACCUCAGGGACAAUCUAGUUCAAAGUCUCUCAAGGAUGACCCGAGCAGGCUCUCUCAGCAGGUUAGAGAAGAAGGAUGGAGCCUGCGAACUUCGGAGAGCCUCACGUUGGCAGAAGUCUACCUCAUGAUGGGCAAGCCRAACAAGCUGCAGCUGGAGUACGACUGGCUGGCUGUCCUGGAGCCAGAAUCCCAGGAGGCCAGGGAGCAAACGUCCGAACCAAGUGCUGUUCCUACGGGCACCACCUUCCACAAACAGAGACUCCUCAACUGCCUUUUAAAGCUCAUCUCAACUGAAGUCAAUCCCAAACCAACGCCUGAAAUGAGCUCCGUUGCCACGUCGCCGAUGAAGCCCGCGCAGGAGGAGCAGGCCCUGACGCCCCCCGGGAAGGUGGUUGCCGUCAGCAGCAGGAGCCCGGGCUGCGCGCGGAACCAGUCUGCCCUUCGUGGCAACAAGACCUUUUCCCCCAGUGCCGCUUCCAGCUCCUCAGGUUUGAGAAACCUCCCCAGACCUCUCUUGGUGGCCGGUCCUUCAAGUUCGGGCAGUGCUGACACGGACGGGGGCCUCUUUGCCGUUCCCACGACUCUGCCACCCAACAGCCGCCACGGGAAGCUCUUCCUGCCCAGUAAAGAAGCAGAGCUGACCUUCCGGCAGCACUUGGACACAAUCAGUAUGCAGUCCGACUUCUUCUUGCCAAAGCCAAGGAAACUGCGGAACAGACACUUGCGGAAGCCAUUGGUGGUUCAGAGAACGCUGCUCCCUAGGCCGUCUGGAAAUCCAUCCCAGCACGUCUGCUCCUUUUCUAUCCUAUCCAACUCAUCCAUAACAGGGAGAGGUUCAUUUCGGCCAAUCCAGUCCUCACUGAAUAAAGCCGCAGUUUCUCGUCCCAUCGUGCCCAAGGUUCUUCCAACACAGGCUACCAACAACCUGUCCAGUGCUAUUGACUUGGCAGCUAAAAGUGCCGGGAUUAUCCCUGGUAGCCCCUUGCCCGUCCUGGAGGCAGAUGGUUUGUCAGGGGUGUCUCCGCUCUCGCCGGAUGGAGUGACCGCGGUGGUCACAGGGCAGGAGUCCUCAGUGGCACAUCAGAACGGAGGCUCCAUCACCACCGUGGAGGGCUCAGGCACUGGGUGUCGGGUCCCGUUCAUCAACCUGCCCACGCGGCACGAGCAGCAGGAGGCAGUUCCUGAUGGUUUCCAGGGCACAUCGGUGCUUUCUCUGUCCGAACUAACCAAGGCUCCUCUCCAGAAUGGUCUUUCCACCCCUCCACUUCCCUCAUCAGAGCCUUCCAGUACCCGUCUCUCUCCUCCCAACGUCUCUGCACUCUUGGAUAUUUCUCUGCCUGGGCCGCCUGAAGAUGUCCUUUCCCAAGGAGAGCCUGCCACUCAAAUCAGUGAUUCCAUCAUUGAAAUAGCGAUCAGCUCUGGUCAAUACAGUGAAGGUGUUUCUCUUUCUCCUGCAAAGCUGAAUGGCAGCGACAGCUCCAAAAGUCUUCCAUCACCGUCCAGCAGCCCUCAGCAGAACUGGAUUGCCUCUCCCAGCCACGAUCCCCAGUGGUACCCCAAUGACUCCACAGACUCCUCUCUCAGCAGCCUGUUUUCAAGUUUCAUCUCCCCUGAGAAGGGACGAAAAAUGCUGCCCACUCCUGUUGGAAGUGCAAGCGGCACCUCCUUACUGGGGCCCAGCCUCCUGGAUGGAAACUCCCGGGACUCCUUUGUGUCACGCUCUCUGGCAGACGUAGCAGAGGUGGUGGAUUCCCAGCUGGCUUGCAUGAUGAAUGAGAACAGCAUAGACUACAUUUCCCGUUUCAACGACCUUGCCCAGGAGCUGUCCAUCCCCGAGCCACCCCGCAGGGAGGUCCUGUUCGAUGGCAGUGCCAGCGGUGGCCCCCCCAUCGGCGACCUCUCACAGUGAGCGCAGCAGAGCGGCUGCCCCAUGGAGACACUGCGUGUGAGCUGGAGCUUGUGGUGCUGGAGCAGAGCCAGGGCAGGGUGUGGGGAAGCAGCAGAUGGACCUUCCCUCCAAAAAAGCGGCAUCGUCUUCAAGGGUCUGAUAAGUACCUGCAAGUCCUGGGAUGUGCAAUACGCUGGGAGCCACGAAACAGGGAGUAGUGUGAUAGGAAGUGGUGUCCCUCCAACAGCAGCGAUGUGAGGGGGUGGGUUUUAGGGGACAGUGCUGGGCUUGUACUGUGCAAUGGCCUAGGAAGAAGUGGCUCAAGCAAAAAGGGGUCUUGCCGGAACCUCCCCUACAGGGAUUACUUAUUGCUGAGCAGUCCAAGCACGAUGAUUCAGGAUUCACACUGAAGUUGUGGAGGAUGAGGGGCAGGGGCAUAGAAGACAUUUUUGGUCUAGAAAUGCCCCGGUCGGCACUUGUUUGAUGAAUCAGUCAAAGUGAGGUUUUCUUGCACUCUCUCCUAAGGCGCUGUGGCUCUGCGAUGCUCCAUUUUUAUGCACCGUUCUUUUUCUUUGGCAAGGUCUCAUUCUUUGAACAUUCCUACAGGGGCACGUACCUGCUCGCUUGGCCUGCGGGGAGCUCUGAUUCACCCUACCCCCAGCUUGCCUGAAACCGGGGGGAGUUUCCUCCAGUUUGGAGCCCCACCUCACUUCACGAUCCUCACUCUUCUGGCUGCACUCAUCUUCCCCACCUUUAAGGGAGACUCAUCAUCACGUUUCACUGUUCUCCCACUGGUGAGGGAGUGUUUUUCUGCUUUCCCUGAGGGAUGUGUGCUUUUUCUGUCAGGCAACACUGCAAAAGAGCUCUUACAGGAAUCGCUAGGAGAGCUUGGUCGUAAUUAGUCUUGGCUUUGCUGGAAACAACCUGUAUAUAUUGCCAUCUUUCUCCACAAAAAUGUGAGAUGCGGUAUCUCCUGGGAGAGGAAAUAGGAAAGACUGUUGUAAUGUAUAGAUACAAAUAUUAUUCUAACGCUAAAAUUGUUGAAAUCUGUCUUGUGUCAUUAAAAAAAAAAAAAAGGAAAGGUGUCAAGUCCUAGGUUAAUCCCCUCGUCCCUCCUAGUUUCCUCCUUGUGCCGCUAAUUCCAGGUGCCCUGUUGUACCUCAGGGCAUAAUUUUUCAUUAUAGUCACUCCUGGGCACUAAUGGAUCUGGUAACCCUCUGGGAAAUCCCUAUGCAUUUAGUGGUAGUGUUUUAAUACCUAAAGAUUCAGAUCCUGAUUUCUACGGGGUCAAAGGAGUCUAAAGUUACUUUCUUUAUGGCUGGUUUUCUUUUGGUUCUGCCUUUGUAUCUCAGGAGCCUUUUCCUAUUUCCUUUCCUACCAGUCUUGAGAGAGGACACUUCUACUGUGCCCCUUUUCUAAGCACUUCUCUGCUUCUCCAGUAAGAUGAUGUCCCUCGGCUGUUUUAGGUAGCUCUGAACUUCGCCAAGGGGCUAGUCCUGUGUAAACCUCAACUUUCUAUAAGAGCCGUUUGUUAAUAAAUACUCACAACUUCUCCAUCUCUUAGGCUGUUAUCAGGGGUUCAUUUUCCCAACUUGCACUAUACUCGGUGGAUGUAGUUCUGCCUGCCUUUAGCUACUUUUACAAAGCGUUUGACUGGGAGUUUCCUGUAACUUUGCUCACAGUGCACUGACUGGACUCGCUCUUCUCCCAGUCACUUUACCCUGCUUGUGUAGAUUGUUUUUUACCGCUAUAUAGCUUGCAUUGCGCCCUCUCUCAUUAAGAGAAAACGUGGUGUUUUUCUGAUGUGUCUUUUCUGCAGCCCACAAUUGAUUGACUUCACUGUGCGGAUAGUGGGAUUUGGAAGACAUUCCUGGGAUUCGUUCUGUAGGGACCCCCUGCAAUGGGGUUCUCCAUUCACAUGUAGGAAUCAAGGCUAGCAAGAAACAGUCCAUAGCAGAAAAAGGGAGAAUUGUCAUUCCUGUGGGUUAGCUUUCUGUUCCUGCUGCCUGUCACACGGGUCUUCAGUUCUUCUCUCGUUAUUUCACUGUUAUCCUUGCUGAGCCAUGUWGCAGUUACCAGGAGAUCAUGUAAACCUAGAGUAUAAGAACUUAAAGGCUGUUGUCAGGAGAUGAGUAUUAAGUGSAUCGUUUUUAUGGUUCGUGCCUGGUAUGACAAGUCGGAAGUUUCAGGUUUUACUUAGAGCUGAGAUCUCUUUUGSUUCAGCCUUUCCCAGAGUGAUUCCUCUUGGUUUUGGCUUCAGCCCUUAGCAAUGCUAUUUAUCCUGGCUACUGUUCCUCCCAAAUCCUUCCAGCUUUCAGGACACAGAGAGAGGACUCUUGCUAUAGCUGUGGCCAUGGAGUACCGGACAUGUAGGAGGAGAUGUGAUAUACUCUAAUCAAGUACUGUACAAAAAUCUGAACUGGUUUUCUACAGAAAGAUGAGGCUCCUGCUCUCCGGUGUGUUAUCCACCACGACAAACACUCCCAUCCUCUCUGCCCAGGCUGGCACCGGGAUGCCUGUGCCGCUGCCUCGGAGGCUGCAGCGCCGCGGGGCCGGACACUUCACCCAAACCCGGGGCAGUUCCUGCCAUCCGGGAUGGGAGUGGGAGCUGACCGGCCGGCCCUGCCGCCGGGACUGGGGGUGCUGGAGAGGGGGUGUCGCUGAAGCGCCUGCUGCUAGUGGUGCCGCUGAGAUCCGCACGUGUUGAUAUCCCGGAGCUUUGCAAGGGAACUCGCAGGAGGCUAAUAGCAAAGCGGGAAUGACCGCGGGUCUCGUUCAGCACUCAGACCUUUGUGAUUAAAGCAUGUUUAGAAUCACUCUUAAAAGUUCUUAUUAUAAAACCGAUUUUGAAAAUGCGGUUUUUGUUACUUUCACCAAAUUCUCUUAGCAGCCUCCUGUCUCUUGAGACUUGCAGCCUUCCUGUAUUUGGCUUCUAAUUUYAGAAACACAAAAGGCAAGCUGUACUUCAAUAACAAAGUCUGUUCACUCUUAUCAGGGAAAAAUUGAAGACAACUUAAAUCAUUGUGAAAAUUUUGAGUUGAUGCAGUGUUUGUUAUCCUUAUUAUGUGAAAAGUCACUGCAGUGCCCUUCUGCAGCCACCAGUUGCAGAAGGCAGGUGGCUGUGCUUUACUUGCCGAUCAUCAUCUGUGUAGCUAAGACUGACAAGCGAUAAAUUAAUAUCUUGGGUUUUUUUUGGUAUUGCUUUUUAAUAAAAGUCCAAAACUUUAAAAAUAAUAAUUUCAGUUUCCCCAGCUGAAAUAACAAGAUCCACUGCCUGUAAUCACAUCAAUUUAUCCCAAGCAGAUACCUGCCAAGCAUGUUGAUGCUGAAAUGAAGGCAGGAUGAUUUUUAAGGAAAAUAAAACUUUAUCAUUCAGAGCUGCCCAAGGCACUGAAAACCAAUUGGAGGGGUCAAAUGGACACYAACAACCUGGUCUGCACUUGUGGUGUUCAUUGCUGUAAGGCUUUCUGCUGGGUUUGCUUUUAAUCCUCUGGUAGGCUUGCCCCGUGCUGGUUUAGCAGCCCUAUGUGUGAUAAGGAAGUUCCCUGUGGCGAAAGGCAGAGGAGUCGGUCAUCGUGGGGUGGGUGAAAAGCGGCACCCCGUGCCACGGGCUGGCUCUGCCGCUGUGUUUGCGUGCGCUGCGCUGGCUGUCUGCUGGGCGUUGCAUCCCCAUGAAGCGCACAGUUCGUUUCAUCCCUUAUCGCUAAAWCUGCUAAGCAUAGGAAUAUUAAUUGUUUUUAAUGUGGCAUCGGUUCGCCUUUUCUUGACACCCUUCUUUGUAUUUCUAAAUUCAGUUAAAUAGCUUGCAUCAAAUCUAACCUAUAAAGAACUUCAUCUACUGACUCCAUGGAUCCCAGAGCAGAAAUUUAAGUUGCAUUUUAUUUUGUACACUCAGACUUCGGAUGCAUUUAUAAGGAAAGUACUGCACUUUUUUUAACCUUUUCAAACCUUUGAAUCUCUUAAUUUCACAGCAAUUUGUAAAUGU